CAACGGAAAAACCCCAAAAAAAAACACCAAAACUCGGUCGACGGCGGACAGACACACUUCGUUCGGCAGUUGGAUGGACCCAACCGCCAAGCUCGCCAAAGCACUUUUCAAGAACUCCGGCAAUCCGAAGCUCGCAUGGCAGCUCUUCAAGCGCAUCCUCUCCUCGCCUCCCUCCCCCGCUCACGCCCCAUGCAUCGCCCGCUCCCUCCCCAUCGUCUCCCGCAUCCUGGUUCGCGCCAGGAUGCUCCCGGAGAUCGACCACCUCCGCGCCCUCAUCCUCUCCUCCUGCCCCGCCGAGUCCCGCCCCUCUUCCCUCGUUUCCCUCGUGAAACUGCUGGCCCGUUCGGGGCUCCCCGCGGCCGCCGUCUCGCAUUUCAAGUCGCUCCGUUCUCGUUUCCCUGACGACCCGCCUCCGGGUCUCGUGUAUAAUUUGCUCAUACGGGCGUGCCUGAGGGAAAACCGUGUGGAUGACGUGUUGUGGCUGUACAGGGAUAUGGUUGUUGCGGGGUUGAGCCCCGAGACCUACACGUUUAAUCUGUUGAUCGACGUGCUGUGCGAGGCGGGCCGGUUGAGUGAUGCCCGGAACUUGUUUGAGAAAAUGCCUAAGAGAGGGUGCAUGCCUAAUGAGUACAGUUUCGGGAUUUUGGUUCGUGGGUAUUGUAGAGCUCGACUCACUGGCCAGGGGUUGGAGCUUUUGAAUGAGAUGAAGAGCUCGGGGAUUGCGCCGAAUAAUGUAGUGUACAAUACUUUGAUUUCUAGCCUUUGUAGGGAAGGUAUGACUGAUGAAGCUGAAAAAUUGGUAGAGAGGAUGAGAGGAGAUGGCUUGUCUCCAGAUAUUGUUACCUUCAAUUCCCGGAUAUCUGCUCUUUGUGCUGCCGGUAAAGUAUUAGAAGCUUCUAGAAUUUUUAGAGAUAUGUUAACAGAUCAAGAGUUGGGCCUCCCUGAGCCGAACACUGUAACAUACAAUCUAAUGCUUCAAGGAUUUUGCAAGGAAGGGAUGUGGGAGGAAGCCAAAACUCUGGGCGAUACGAUGAAGAGAAAGGGUGAGUUGAUGAAAUUGGAGAGCUACAAUAUCCAGUUGUUAGGUUUGAUUAGGAAGGGGAACCUCUUAGAGGCACAGUCAAUAAUAAAUGAGAUGAUUGAAAGUGGUGUUGAACCCAGUAUUUACACAUACAAUAUUGUGAUUGAUGGGCUGUGCAAGAAUGGGAUGUUGUCUGAUGCAAGGACAGUGAUGCAUUCAAUGCAAAGUUCCAGUGUCUCCCCAGAUACAAUCAGUUAUAGCACUUUAGCCCAGGGAUACUGCAGCAAAGGGAAGAUGCGGGAAGCAAGGAAUAUUCUCCAGGAGAUGAUGAAGAGUGGCUGUUUCCCAAACAAUUACACUUCUAAUUUCUUGCUACAUAGCCUCUGGAAAGAGGGUAAGACAUCAGAGGCUGAAAAGUUACUGCAGAAGAUGAAUGAGAGAGGUUAUGGCUUGGAUACUGUCACCUGUAAUAUUGUAAUACAUGGGUUAUGUCUCAGAGGUGAGUUGGAUAAGGCAAUGGAGAUAGUGAGUGGGAUGUGGAGUCACGGAAGUGCUGCUCUUGGAAAUUUGGGGAAUUCUUUUAUUGGCUUAGUUGAUAAUGCCAAUGAUUGCAACAAAUGUUCCCCAGAUCUAAUCUCUUACUCAACUGUGAUUAGUGGUUUAUGCAAGGCCGGUAGGGUAGAAGAAGCAAAGAAGAUGUUUGCUGAGAUGAUGAGUAGAAAAAUACGCCCUGAUUCUGUUAUUUACGAUUCCUUUGUGUACGCUCUCUGUAAAGAGGGAAAACUAUCAUCCGCUUUUCGAGUUCUCAAGGACAUGGAGAAAAAAGGUUGCAGCAGGAGGCUACAAACGUACAAUUCAUUGAUUUUGGGCUUGGGAAGAAAGAAUCAGAUAUUUGAGAUAUAUGGACUUCUUGAUGAAAUGAAAGAAAGAGGGAUACCUCCCAAUGUCUGUACUUUCAAUAAUUUCAUCAGAUGCCUGUGUGAAGGUGGGAGGAUUAAUGAUGCCCCUUCUAUUCUAGAUGAGAUGAUUGAGAAGGGAGUAUUUCCUAAUAUUACUACUUUUAAGAUACUCAUCAGAGCUUUCUGCAAGGCUGGUGACUUUGGACUGGCCCAGGAGAUGUUUGAAAUAGCUCUUAAUAUAUGUGGCCAUAAGGAACCCCUCUACAGCUUAUUGUUCAACGAGUUGCUUGCCGGAAAGGAAAUUGAAGCAGCUGAAGAGUUGUUCAAAGCUGCAAUUAACAGACAUUUUGAUCUGGAAGAUUUUCUCUCUAAUCAUCUCAUCAACAUCCUUUGUAAUGAAGGGAAGAUAGAUGAUGCCAGUGGCAUUCUUAAUAGGAUGAUUGAUAGUGGAUAUGGAAUUGACCCUGCAUCAUUUAUGCCAGUAAUUGAUGGAUUAAGACAUAAAGGAAAUAAAAAGGAGGCUGAUCAACUUGCAGAGAGGAUGAUGGAUAUAGUGUCAAAUGAGAAGGUAGCAGCAAGUAAGGAGAGAACCAUCCACAGAAGACCAGAUAUCCAUAAUGAAUACAAUUGGCAAAGCAUAGUGCAAAGAGAUGAUGGCAGCAGGACUGUCUCCAGAACUCUCAAGGAUAUACAGAAAGGUUGGGGUCAGGGCAGUAUACCAAGUCUGCAGCAAAAGAAAAUGAUUACCUGGAUUUUUGAGAUGAUUAGGAAUUUGUUUUAUUGUUCCUCAGCACCAUAUAGGAUUUUGAAGAGAGAAGAAACAAUGAUUGUCGAGAUGCUUGGCAGCGCAGUAGCUCACUCUCUAAUGAACAUCCUGCGACAACUUUCUGAGUUCUCUUCUCUCAGUUUUUAGACUUUACAGAAGCAGAUGAAUUGGAAGGGUCUAGGCUCCUUUGGAUGCAUGCAGGAGCGGAAUAUUCGUGUCAUGACAUCCAGUGGGCUUCGUUGUGGAGCUAAGAUAAAAUGAAUGCUUGAUGCGUAGCCUGAUGUAUUGCAUCAGUUGAAUGGUGGGGUGUACAUGCCAGCGCUGACCUGAUAAAGAUGAUCUGAUCCCAAUCAGAAGGGAUGAUGAGACAUAAAAAUGCAGCAACUUGACGGCACCACAAAGGAUAUCGUGAGAGAUUGCUCCAUCUGAGAUUUACGAGACGAUCUGCUGUCAAAGAUUCAGAUGGAUUUUUCAAGCUGCAUCUUCUCCUUUUUCUCAUGUUGGACGUGCAUUGUUAAUUCCAAACUCUCAUUCGAGUUUACAUGGAAUUUGAUCUUGGCAUCUGAUGUAUGUUCCACCAAAUGAUGAGUUCAGUUGACAGUACCUUCUUGGAGGACUUAGGAGGGUAAUAGAUCUGUGGCUAUGUAGUAGCUGAUGUAAACAUUCCAUUACUUGUACCUUAGUACCUUAGUCACCCCAAUUUACAGAUACCUGUUGAAGUCACCAAAAUGUAUUGACCCUGAAUGUCAACUACUUGGUGUUCAUCAA